AUGACGCGCGCUCAGCAAACCAUCUCCUUCGGCCUGUUGGUAUCAUCUCUCUACCUCGUCCUCUAUCUAGAGCUUAUCCCUCUACCACCUUUUGUCCAGCAACAGAUUGUCCCUCUGCUCCCCUUCUGGGCUCUCGUCUCGUUUGGUGCCCUUCUCCUCUUCCGUCUCGGAUACGGCAUCUUCACCUUCAACGACGUCCCCGAGGCGCACAAAGAGCUCAUGGGAGAGAUUGAGCUGGCCAAAAAGGACCUCCGUGCACGCGGAGUCGACGUCGACUAA